AUGGAAGGUGAAACAAGUUUUUCCCACAUAACUCUUCUAAUCUUUGAUAGAGAGAAUUAUGAUCUUUGGGAAGUGAAAAUGCAAUCCUACAUGGAGUCUUUGGAUUUGUGGGAUGCUGUGGAAGAGGAUUAUGAAAUAUAUCCGCUGUCUAAAAAUCCCACCAUGACCCAAAUUAAAAUUCACAAGGAAAGAAAGAUGAAGAAGGCAAAGGCGAGAUCAAGUUUGUUCACUGGUGUUUCACAAAUGUUAUUCAUCAGAAUCAUGACUCUUAAAUCACCCAAAGCAAUUUGGGAUUAUCUAAAAGAGGAAUACGCUGGAGAUGAUAGAAUACGAAGCAUGCAAGUGCUGAAUUUAAGGAGGGAAUUUGAGCUUCAAAGGAUGGAAGAGUCAGAGACAAUCAAAGAAUACUCAAACAAAUUGUUGGGUAUUGCCAACAAGAUAAAGUUGUUGGGAAGUGAUUUUGCUGAUUCAAGAAUUGUAGAGAAAAUUUUGGUAACGGUGCCAGAGAGGUAUGAAGCAUAUAUAGCUUCAUUGGAGAACACAAAGGAUCUGUCGAAAAUCACAUUGGCAGAAGUGCUACAUGCCCUGCAAGCUCAAGAGCAACGAAGGUUGAUGAGGCAAGAUCGUGUUGUCGAAGGUGCUUUGCCCGCCAAACAUCAUGAAGUUGAUGAAAGCAGAAAGGAUUUUUUCAAGAAGAAUCAACCAACAAGCAAUGAAAAUUGUACAAACAACCAAAACAAAGGUAAGGAUAAAAAGAAAAAUUAUCCACCUUGUCAGCAUUGUGGCAAAAAAGGUCAUGCACCUUUCAGAUGUUGGAGGAGACCAGAUGCAAAAUGUAACAAGUGCAACAAGAUAGGACAUGAAGCGGUGAUCUGCCCCAACAAAAAUCACUAUGAUGAGGGAGCUCAAAUUGCUAAUCAAGAAGAGGAGGACCAACUGUUUGUGGCCACAUGCUUCUUGAAUAGUGAAUCAAGUGAAAGAAUAGACCCCAUAUUCUGGAAAAUGGCGUGGAUUGUGUUGGAUGGAGAACUUCCAAAUCGGAAGCUGCUUCCACCACCAGCUGAUCUUCCAAAGUGUUAA